AUGUGACACUAGGGGCCAGGAGUUUAUCAGAGUCCAAUCCCAAAUCAACUCUUAUUGCAUCUCAAUACUCUCUAAAGUAGCUUCCUCUUCCUCCUCCUCUCCUUCAUCUGCACUGAACUGGACAGAUUCCUAGUGGGAGCUGGUCAUUCACCAUAUUACCUGUCCUGUAGCUUCAGAUCAGUUCUGCAGUAGUUCCAGACCCCACUGUGUGUGUUCUCUCCACCAUAAGCUCUCUGUCUGUAUGAGAUGCGGUAAGGUUUAGAUCUGCCUGUUGGCUAGGCCCCCUGUGAAGAGUAGAAAACAGAGAGGGAGAUGGAGAGAAGAAAAAAAGAUGGCAGAAACAGGCUAGAAAAAGUGCUGAGUCAGUGUAAUGCCUGAGGCUCUUCCCUCUUUACCGACAUUGACAGGCUACAGGAACAGAAAUCCCUCUUCUCCUCUCGCUCCCCCCUCUGGUCUCUCUGGUCUCUCUUUUAUCUCUCAUUCCUCUCCCCUCUCUGGUGUCACUCUCCCUGCUCCGGGGUGUAGUUUCUCCUAGAUAUAGGAUCGAAGAUCAUCUUUCCCUCCCCAAUGCUAAACGUAACCAUUAGUGGGGGAAAAUGCUAAACGGACCCUAGAUCAGCGUCUAGGGGCAACUUCACCCUGCAACUCUUUCCCUGUGCUUCCCCCUUCCCUCUCUCUCUCUCUGUCUCUCUCUCCCAGGGUCCUUAUAUAACUAACAGAACUAGGUCACAUACAUUCCUCCCCCAAAGCUGCUCCUUCUAGCAAAGGUUAGACUACUUUCCUUCCCUUUUUGCUACUCUCUUCUUUCUCUAAGAGUAGGAAUGUGUCAACACUGGGCUCUUUUUUCAUGUGUCAACACUCGGCUCUCUUUACAAGUAGCGUUAAAGAAGGGGACAGGAAGGGCCGUUUCUAACUGGGUCCUAACUUCCUACUUUGUAUUCACAGAAGUGUUUCUCACUCCUGUAGCAUGCAAAAUAUAGCUACAGUUUACUUCUACUUCUACCAUGCGUCUAUGCGUGGAGGAGUUUUGAAGUAAUGCGGGUGUCAGGUGUCUUCACAAUCAGACUAGAAGCUGUCAAUCAUCUCUGUGGUUCCUGUCCAGGAGUUCCUCAGACAUGUUGUGACAUGAACAUUCCUGCCAUCACCUCUAUCUUUACCGUGGCAGAAGUCUGUUUAGUCAAAACAAAAAGUGUAGCCUAGCUUAUAGGCCUAUGUAGCUGGUGUAGAAGUCUAGUCGCUAUAUGGCUAAAGGCGAUGUCAGUGUAAAUGGCAGAGCCUUCAGUUCAAUGAGUUUUUAAGGCGAAGGUGACCUUCUACCCACUACUAGCCCCCUCAUGGUGAUGUUACUUCAUGGUAUUUCACUCUGCUAGUCGGUAGGUUCGAAGAAAGUGGAAAAGGGAGCUGACGCCCAAUUCAAAAUCAACCCCCAUUUGGCUAUGUGGAAUUUGUGCCAUUAUUCCUCAUACUUCUCAGAUACUCUUGGGCGAUUCCACGGCAGCGGGAGCGGAAAAUAUUUUUGGUAUCUCAGAUUGAUCUAGCAAUUCUCACAUACAAAACUUAAUUGGGAGGAAGAAUGUUUGAAAUGCUUUUUACAUUUCUAUCACAAACCACUUUCUAGAAAAUCAUGAUGAAAGUGGCCAUUAUAGGCCCUUUCUAGACCUAUACAUGCCUACUGUAAGACCCUAUGAUCUGAACCGUACAUGAUACACACAAGAUCUUGGUGUCAAAUAUGGAGUAGGUCUUGAUCCUGAAAAAAAUAAAAUAAAAAUCACAUUAAUUUAUUCAACAUAAAAACUACCCUUUUUGAUUUGGUUAAUUUUAAGACACAAAUCGAUUUUGAUGAUAUAACUGAAAUCGUGAAAAUACAUUUGUUUUGCCUACUUAUAGGCCUGCAACUUACAGUAUACCCACACCCCCUGGUCGCACAUCAACCAUUCUCCCUCUCUCACGUAUGUGACAUUUGAAUGUAUACAUAGUUCAAAGCUAUGGCUCGAAGUUUAGCCAUGGCUAUAUCCACCGCAGGGUUCAUAUUAUGGUCUGGAUCUGUAUGCUGCCUCUCACAUUACCCACACUGCCAUAUCACAUCUCUCUGCCAAUGGAUGAUAGAUCUGGUGAGGGCUGGAUGUAUGCAUGUACAAGGUGUUGAUGCUAUAUGAAUAGGCCCUCAUUGCAACACCAGCAGGACUGGAGGCUUGGAUGAUUAGAUGCCUGGAUCAUGUGUUCUGUAGUUGAGGAGGAGGAUAUAGAAUGGCCGUGUUCGUCAGUCUAGGUCAGUGUAAGUAGAGUGAAUGUACAGACCUAUGUUCUACAUACUGAUAUUAUAUACUCUGUGCGUGUGAGCGCGUGUGUGAGUGAGUGAUCCACUAUAGACUUGCCAGUUGACAGGGUGUUAACGUGUGUGUGUGCAAUGUGCAUGUGUCCAGCUCUGACCUGACAUUGAUGUUUGAGUGGUCAAGCUGAAGCUCUCAGGUUUCAGAGAGAGGGGUGUGUGUGAGGUGACAAUUGCAGCAUCCAGGUGUUGUUUAGAUCCAUACUGGGCUUCAAACAGAGGCCGGGAGAAAGUGUUCAUCACGUAACUAUCAUAAGUUGAAUGCACCAAUUUGUAAGUCGCUCUGGAUAAGAGCGUCUGCUAAAUGAUGUAAAUGUAACAAACAUUUAAAUGUUAAAUGCUAAUUAAAAAGGUGAACCUGUUCAGGCAGGCCCCAUGUCCAUUGAGCCCUACACACACAAACCACCGAGGACCCUCCCUCGUCUCCUCAGCCUUUACCCCUCAGAUAAGAUAAACACAAAAAGACCCUUCUCUACUUCUCUCUUUUUCUCUUUUUUUACUGCUCUGUUUCUCUUCUUCUUGUGCUCUGGUGCAAUAUUAGACCUUUCCCAGCUUACUCUCUAGCACUAAGACCAAAUAAGGAAUCCAGUGGCAGAUUUAAGCAUCUGCAGGCUGCAGGGCAGUUCUACAGUAGUUUGGUUUUACUUCAGUGUACAGUGCUCCCUUUGUCCAGCAGACACAGCCCAGCCCUGUUCCUGUAAGACCUAAAAUCUUUCCUCACCUGUGGGCCCUGUGAGGGACACGUCUACUGAUGCAUAGCAACAACAAUGAUGAACCUGGCUUAUAAACACAGGACACUUGUAAAACGUGAGAUCGUGUUCAUAUGUUGAACCACUGGUACCCCAGUCGUCAUGUGUGUUGUUCAGAGUGUGUGUUUAUGUGUGUUCCAGGUACCCCAGUCGUCAUGUGUGUUGUUCAGAGCACAGCUCGUCAGGUCCAGGUGUGUCUAGUGGAGACAGCAGCCUCCCAGAGUAUCACCAUGAGCAGUACCACACGACUGACCACAAGGUGAGGAGUUGGCUAAAGCACAGACAGACUGGACCAUCAGGCUAAUUAACCACUACAGACUUACUGUAUGUGUCUACGGGCUUUCAGACAGAAAGCAGGCAUAUGAUGAUGUUAGAUCUCUAUUUGCACAUCAUCUUUUGCACAUCUAUCAUUCCAGUGUUAAUACGAAAUUGUAAUUAUUUUGCACUAUGGCCUAUUUAUUGCCUUACCUCCAUAAUUUACUACAUUCGCACACACUGUAUAUAUAUUUUCUGUUGUAUUUUUGACUUUAUGUUUUGUUUACCCCAUAUGUAACUCUGUGUUGUUUUUAUCGCACUGCUUUGCUUUAUCUUGGCCAGGUCGCAGUUGUAAAUGUGAACUUGUUCUCAACUGGCUUACCUGGUUAAAUAAAGGUGAAAUCAAUUUUUUAAAAGACCAGAGUUGAACAGUUGUUUAUUUGCGCCGUGAGCCAUCUAAAGCAUGUAUUUUCCUACCCUACAAAGCCAUGAGUUAAGAGGGGAGGGGGACAGGGGUGUUAAUGGGGCCAUACAUGACCCAUGGUAAAAGACGGGUAAGGGAGAGGCCGUACUGAGUGUGGGAGUUCACCCAGGUAGAGAGAGAGGUGGGGGGUGAGUGUGUGUGGGGCCGUAUAUAUUCUUAACCUCUGGCUAGAGGUGAGGAAAGAAGAAGGGGGAGGGGGGGGGAGGGGGGGGUUGUUAUGUAAGACUUACAAUUGGUUGUUAUUGUGCAUUAUAAACUGGGUGGUUCGAGCCCUGAAUGCUGAUUGGCUAACAGCCGUGGUAUAUACCACGGGUAUGACACCCCCCCCCCCCCGGGCCUUAUUGCUUAAAUAGACUUUCCCCCCAGGCCCCCACUAUGCCUCACUGUCCUCACUCAGUGUUUCUCUUUACAGCAUUAGCCACUUUAAGACUAAUUAAGCAAUAAAGCCAGAGGAGGUGUGGUAUAUGGCCAAUAUACCACGGCUAAGGGCUGUUCUUAUGCACAACGCAACGCUGAGAGCCUGGACACAGUCCUUAGCCUUGGUAUAUUGGCCAUAUAUCACCAACCCCGAGGUGCCUUAUUGCUAUUAUAAACUGGUUACCAACGUAAUUAGAGCAGUAAAACUAAAUGUUUUGUCAUACCCGUGGGAUACGGUCUGAUAUACCAAGGCCUUCAGCCAAUCAGAAUUCAGGGCUCAAACCACCCAGUUUAUAAUCUCUCUUAAACAGUUUCAGCCCAUAUCCACACAGCUGGGAACUAGCAGCCUGAGGGAGAAGGGUGAGGAGGGCUGCUGUGUGAACCCAGAUUUAGUCCUCCGUGGGCAUGAACUGGUCUGCUGCGAGCUGGCCUAUUCUCUGUGUGUGUGUGUCCAUAGCAAACAGGCAUGCUGUCAGUCCCUUAUAGAACAGUCUUUUGUUCUAUCCCUCAGUCUAACAAAGUACUGUUUCUCAACCUGAGAUGCUAAUUCCUGUGUUUCUGGUGUUCCUCAGACACUUUAUCAUGAUCUGUCAUGUCUUACGCAGUAAGUUUACAGUAGUUUCUGUGGACCUCAACCUUCCUCUUCUACGUGUGCGUGUUCUAACGAUGUGUGUGACUGUUCCCUAGGUGGAGGAGGAGUCGGGGACACGCACACACUCCUCCUACGACGUGGGACUGGAGACAAAGAGGGCUGCACUAGAGGAACCCAACACACACAACACUGAACAGGUAACACACACACACACACACACACACACACACACACACACACACACACGCACAAUGAGAAUUGAAUUGGUGUGUGUUUUCCAGACUGUGAAUCAGGAGGAGCCUGUAGUGGUGGAGCUCUGGUCUGCCCCAGAACCACACCCUGAUCCUGAAUCCCCCACUGCUGCUGAGCCACACUCACACAACACACACCCUCACACCCACACCCACACAGACCCAGAGCCCAAUACACAACCCCCUCCCCUCCAGGACCAGGCACCUCCACCCUCCUCCUCCUCCUCCUCCACCCCACCGCCCAGCGAUGACCCAACCCAGGGACAAGCCUCCACAGCCCCCCCAGCCCCAGUCGAGACCCCCAGUGAUGCCCUGGCAGACCCCAGCCCAGCCCCCACUACAGAAGACCUCCAACACACACCUACCUCUACCUCUCACAUCCCUGCUCCAGCCCCAGCCAGGUAAGAUGAGGACUGUGUAUGAGAUGUUAUGUCUGUUUAUACAGCAGAAUUAUGUGUCCAAGACUAUUUUUGUCCUUGGGAUCAAUAAAGUAUUUAUUGUAUCGUAAGAGGCGUCAUUCAGUCUACCACUGUGAUGUACAUCCAGUUAUCUAACUGAUAUUCCCUUUCAGCUGCAUUCGUUUUAAAUUUUUCGUAUAUUGAUAGUUUUUUUAUUGACUUGACAUAAGUUUUUAGUCCCAAUCUUGGGGGCCCCCGCUUCCCCUUUCUAUACACAGGUUGCUACUGUAAACCUACAGUUAACUUUGUACACUGGUUCCUUCCUCAAUAAACCUAACUGGACCUGGACUAAAACUUGGACUGGACUUGAAACAUGGUGGGAAUAAGUGGAGAUGUUGAUUGUCUGCUAAACUGGACCUCUGGACAGAUGGGGAUUGCCACUCCUGAUCGGAUCAGGUGUCAUUGGAUCCUUGGAUGGUUCUGACGGGAGGUUUACUGGCUAGUUUAGUGCUCUCUUUGUCGGACCUUCUCAAAAUGGCUACCGAGAUGUGGACACUUGCCUUUUACAACGAACAUUUGACUCACCACAGCCUGGACUGGAGGAGGCUUACCAUUCCAAAGACCCACCCAACCACAUCCCCUUCUCUCUCUCUCCCCCAUCCCUCUCUUUCGCCUUCUCUCCUCCCCACCCCAUCUGUCCUCUGUCGCCCUCUCUCCCUCUUCCUCCCUCCUAGGGGCUCUUCCAUAAAUGGCGUGUCCUUUCUUUCCCUCAGUUCAAUAGAGGUUGCCAGAUCUGAUCCCGCAGUAGAGGAUCCCCCUGUAGAGGUUGCCAGUGCUGAAGCUGAUCCCUCUUUAGAGGUUGCCAGUGCUGGAUCUAAUUCCUCUCUAGAGGGCAAUGUUUUUGCUGAUCUCUCUGGCUCUCAGUGUGGGAUGAUUCCCCACAACCUGGCAACCCAAACCCCUCCUUUUGGCAGCCCGCCCACGAGGUGAGUACAGAGUUUGAAUUGAACCAAUCAGAAAGCAGAAACAGGUAAACAACCAUACAGGUAACCAAUCAGAUGCCAGACACUCCUCUCUGCUACACUCAAACAACGACCGCUGGCCUUGUUCUCCUUUAUUUGUCUUUUAUUUUGGUUUUUAUUAUUUUCUUAUUUUCUUCAUCUGCUGUGUUGAUCAUUACGGACAAACACACUGUUGAUGGCAUGGAACAAAUGAACGGAGGGAAUGUUAUUGAAAGAAAAUAUUUAGUUUGGGUGCAUCCAGACUGCAUUCAAUGUUUAGUUUUUUUCUCCCUUCAUCCCCUCUACUCCCUCUCUUCUCUCCUCCCCUCCCUCUCUUCUCUCCUCCCCUCCCUCUCUUCUCUCCUCCCCUCCCUCUCUUCUCUCCUCCCCUCCCUCUCUUCUCUCUUCCCCUCCCUCCCUCUCUUCUCUCCUCCCCUCCCUCUCUCUCUCCUCCCCUCCCUCUCCUUCUUCUCUCUCCCUCUCUCCAUAGUGGUGAUGGUGACUCUGUAGAGAGCCAGUCAGAACAGGGUCAGGUUGCUCCAGGUUCUGAUGCUGAUGUCCAGAUGUCUCUCAGCCCAGAAGACCCAGACCAGGGUCUACCAGAGCUGGACCAGGGGGGAAACACCUCCCACAGGCACCAAGACACAGACCAAGACCAGCAGGUGAGAGGGAGUCCCACAACCUAGUCCCCACCCUGGUAAUGUUCUAGAUAGUAGACUGUUAUUUCUGACACUGACUGACUGUAAGUGUAAUGAGGGGUGUAGAGGUUUGCGUGUGAACGUUGAGGACUGGGGCUACACAUGGUUUGGCUUCCAGUCCACGCAAAGAGCUGCUUCAUUAAUGUUUCAUUCAAUAAAUGAACCCUCUGCACCCUCUGCCUUUCUCCUACUGUAGAGAGAGAGGGAGAGUGGAGUGAGUGAGUGAGAGAGAAUGAGAGAAGCCCUGUCCUAGCCAGUAUUGGUACAGAGCUGGUCUGUUUUCCAACCGGAUUGGCUGCAGACAGACAAAGCUGAACUGGAUUGGCUAGGAGGCUUUGUCGGUUGGUGGCUUUGUCGACCGUUCUGGGGUCUUAUAAAGGAAUAAUGUAAUAAAUCAAUUACAGCUCACUGCUUGUGUGUGUAACGUGUAUGUGUGUGUGUGUGUGUGUGUAACGUGUGUCUCUAUACCUGUCAAGGCCGUGGAUGAGGCAGUGGAUGAGGCAGUGGAUGAGGCAGUGGAUGCCAGUGAUGCCAGCAGUAGGGAGACGGACCCGUCAGUGCCCAGUAAGGAGGACAUCCCAACCUUCGACGAGUGGAAGAAACAAGUCAUGGAGGUGGAGAAGGAGAAGAGUAAGAAACACACACAGGCACACGUUCCCCUCGUUAAUAUCGUGAAGAAGGGAUGCUGUUCCCUACAGUAAUUUUUCAGACAAAUUAGUGCAGAGGCCUCACAUGUAAAUCUCUGUCCUCCUUUCAACUCCCUCCCUCACUCUCCCCCUCCUCCCCCCCUACCCAUACGUAAAAAUGUAUGCACGCAUGACUAAGUCGCUUUGGAUAAAAGUGUCUGCUAAAUGGCAUAUUGUUAUUAUUAUUCUCUCUCUUCCCUCCUUCCCUCCGUCUCCUUGCUUCCUUCCAUUCUUUCUCUCUGUAUCUGUCAUAGUUUCUCUCCCUUGCCUUUCAUUCUUGCAUCUCCCUCUCUGACUGAGGGAGUUAUGGGGAUUUCAGUGUGUGUGUGUGUUGCGUAAUCUCUCACUCUCUGUCCUCUGAGGCAGCACUCCUCCACCACCACUAAUGGCCCGGUCUACAGGAGCAGAAGGACACACAGACAGUUCACACUUACACUCUCAAACUCAACACACACUUGAGCAGGCCACGUGCACUCACACACAUACAAAUGCUCCCAGAUUACACCCAUGGGUACCCACACACUGUUAGAUCAUAGACAGCGUGGCAGAGUGAGUUAACCCAUUGUUUUAUGACCCGCUGAGCUAGAAACUGGACCUUAUGUAGAUCUCCUGUCCUCAGCUUCACCUUCAGACAGACAGACGGGGGAGCAUUUUCCUAGCCCAGAAACCCACCCAAACAACAGUCACAUUUUUAGACAUGGGGUGACGAUGGCACAUAAUCCAAGAUGAGUUCUGAAUAGUACAAUUAGUGAUUUCAUCUGGAGUUUUCUCAUAAACACAGGAAAACACUGACUGAACUGUCUAUGUUUAAGUUAUUGAUAUUUGAAAAGGUUGUAUUUGGUCAAAUAUUAAUGAAUGCCCCUGUUCCAAACAUGGCUGCUGUGUACCCAACCUGCUCUGUCCCACGUUAAUGCUAGCGUGUGUGUGUGUGUGUGAGUGUGGGCGAGUCGUGGAGUGUAUGCAUACCUGUGCAUGUAAUGUGCCAGCAUCAUUGUUUCUUUCAUUUCUGAGAACAACCUAUCAGUUCUGUGCAUGUAAGGUACACCACGUACGGUGUACAACAUACUGUCUCAGCCUGUCCUGCACAUUGAUAACAUAUAGCAACUAUAGAUUAUAGGAAUCAGACCAGGCUACUGAUAUAGCAACUAUAGAUUAUAGGAAUCAGACCAGGCUACUGAUAUAGCAACUAUAGAUUAUAGGAAUCAGACCAGGCUACUGAUAUAGCAACUAUAGAUUAUAGGAAUCAGACUAGGCUACUGAUAUAGCAACUAUAGAUUAUAGGAAUCAGACCAGGCUACUGAUAUAGCAACUAUAGAUUAUAGGAAUCAGACCAGGCUACUGAUAUAGCAACUAUAGAUUAUAGGAAUCAGACCAGGCUACUGAUAUAGCAACUAUAGAUUAUAGGAAUCAGACCAGGCUACUGAUAUAGCAACUAUAGAUUAUAGGAAUCAGACUAGGCUACUGAUAUAGCAACUAUAGAUUAUAGGAAUCAGACCAGGCUACUGAUAUAGCAACUAUAGAUUAUAGGAAUCAGACUAGGCUACUGAAAUAGCAACUAUAGAUUAUAGGAAUCAGACUAGGCUACUGAAAUAGCAACUAUAGAUUAUAGGAAUCAGACUAGGCUACUGAUAUAGCAACUAUAGAUUAUAGGAAUCAGACCAGGCUACUGAUAUAGCAACUAUAGAUUAUAGGAAUCAGACCAGGCUACUGAUAUAGCAACUAUAGAUUAUAGGAAUCAGACUAGGCUACUGAUAUAGCAACUAUAGAUUAUAGGAAUCAGACCAGGCUACUGAUAUAGCAACUAUAGAUUAUAGGAAUCAGACCAGGCUACUGAUAUAGCAACUAUAGAUUACAGGAAUCAGAUUAGGCUACUGAUAUAGCAACUAUAGAUUAUAGGAAUCAGACUAGGCUACUGAUAUAGCAACUAUAGAUUACAGGAAUCAGACUAGGCUACUGAUAUAGCAACUAUAAAUUACAGGAAUCAGACUAGGCUACUGAUAUAGCAACUAUAGAUUAUAGGAAUCAGACUAGGCUACUGAUAUAGCAACUAUAGAUUACAGGAAUCAGACUAGGCUACUGAUAUAGCAACUAUAGAUUAUAGGAAUCAGACCAGGCUACUGAUAUAGCAACUAUAGAUUAUAGGAAUCAGACUAGGCUACUGAUAUAGCAACUAUAGAUUACAGGAAUCAGACUAGGCUACUGAUAUAGCAACUAUAGAUUAUAGGAAUCAGACCAGGCUACUGAUAUAGCAACUAUAGAUUAUAGGAAUCAGACUAGGCUACUGAUAUAGCAACUAUAGAUUACAGGAAUCAGACUAGGCUACUGAUAUGUCUGACAGGUACUGUACCUUAUCUCUACAUAUUUAUCUACAUGGAUGAUUAUGUGUUAUCUACAUUAAGAUGACCCAGUUUUCCCAGGACUCCCUGGAAAUCUGUGGCAUUUGUUACUGAGCGGACUAUUCUAGCUACAGUGGGGGAAAAAAGUAUUUAGUCAGCCACCAAUUGUGCAAGUUCUCCCACUUAAAAAGAUGAGAGAGGCCUGUAAUUUUCAUCAUAGGUACACGUCAACUAUGACAGACAAAUUGAGGGGAAAAAAUCCAGAAAAUCACAUUGUAGGAUUUUUUAUGAAUUUAUUUGCAAAUUAUGGUGGAAAAUAAGUAUUUGGUCACCUACAAACAAGCAAGAUUUCUGGCUCUCACAGACCUGUAACUUCUUCUUUAAGAGGCUCCUCUGUCCUCCACUCGUUACCUGUAUUAAUGGCACCUGUUUGAACUUGUUAUCAGUAUAAAAGACACCUGUCCACAACCUCAAACAGUCACACUCCAAACUCCACUAUGGCCAAGACCAAAGAGCUGUCAAAGGACACCUGAAUCUGCAAUAGGUCAAAUAAAAUCAAAUAAAAUCAAAUUUUAUUGGUCACAUGCGCCGAAUACAACAGGUGCAGACAUUACAGUGAAAUGCUUACUUAUAGCCCUUAACCAACAGUGCAUUUAUUUUAAACAAAAAAAGUAAAAAUAAAACAACAAAAAAAGUGUUGAGAAAAAAAAGAGCAGAAGUAAAAUAGUGACAGUAGGGAGGCUAUAUAUACAGGGGGGUACCGUUGCAGAGUCAAUGUGCGGGGGCACCGGCUAGUUGAGGUAGUUGAGGUAAUAUGUACAUGUGGGUAGAGUUAAAGUGACUAUGCAUAAAUACUUAACAGAGUAGCAGCAGCGUAAAAAGGAUGGGGUGGGGGGGCAGUGCAAAUAGUCCGGGUAGCCAUGAUUAGCUGUUCAGGAGUCUUAUGGCUUGGGGGUAGAAGCUGUUGAGAAGUCUUUUGGACCUAGACUUGGCACUCCGGUACCGCUUGCCGUGCGGUAGCAGAGAGAACAGUCUAUGACUAGGGUGGCUGGAGUCUUUGACAAUUUUGAGGGCCUUCCUCUGACACCGCCUGGUAUAGAGGUCCUGGAUGGCAGGAAGCUUUGCCCCAGUGAUGUACUGGGCCGUACGCACUACCCUCUGGUAAGCAGCUUGGUUUGAAGAAAUCAACUGUGGGAGCAAUUAUUAGGAAAUGGAAGACAUACAAGACCACUGAUAAUCUCCCUCGAUCUGGGGCUCCACGCAAGAUCUCACCCCGUGGGGUCAAAAUGAUCACAAGAACGGUGAGCAAAAAUCCCAGAACCACACGGGGGGACCUAGUGAAUGACCUGCAGAGAGCUGGGACCAAAGUAACAAAGCCUACCAUCAGUAACACACUACGCCGCCAGCGACUCAAAUCCUGCAGUGCCAGACGUGUUCCCCCUGCUUAAGCCAGUACAUGUCCAGGCCGUCUGAAGUUUGCUAGAGUGCAUUUGGAUGAUCCAGAAGAGGAUUGGGAGAAUGUCUAAUGGUCAGAUGAAACUUUUUGGUAAAAACUCAACUCGUCGUGUUUGGAGGACAAAGAAUGCUGAGUUGCAUCCAAAGAACACCAUACCUACUGUGAAGCAUGGGGGUGGAAACAUCAUGCUUUGGGGCUGUUUUUCUGCAAAGGGACCAGGACGACUGAUCCGUGUAAAGGAAAGAAUGAAUGGGGCCAUGUAUCGUGAGAUUUUGAGUGAAAACCUCCUUCCAUCAGCAAGGGCAUUGAAGAUGAAACGUGGCUGGGUCUUUCAGCAUGACAAUGAUCCCAAACACACCGCCCGGGCAACGAAGGAGUGGCUUCGUAAGAAGCAUUUCAAGGUCCUGGAGUGGCCUAGCCAGUCUCCAGAUCUCAACCCCAUAGAAAAUCUUUGGAGGGAGUUGAAAGUCUAUGUUGCCCAGCGACAGCCCCAAAACAUCACUGCUCUAGAGGAGAUCUGCAUGGAGGAAUGGGCCAAAAUACCAGCAACAGUGUGUGAAAACCUUGUGAAGACUUACAGAAAACAUUUGACCUGUGUCAUUGCCAACAAAGGGUAUAUAACAAAGUAUUGAGAAACUUUUGUUAUUGACCAAAUACUUAUUUUCCAGCAUAAUUUGCAAAUAAAUACAUUAAAAAUCCUACAAUGUGAUUUUCUAGAAUUUCUUUUCUCAUUUUGUCUGUCAUAGUUGACGUGUACCUAUGAUGAAAAUUACAGGCCUCUCUCAUCUUUUUAAGUGGGAGAACUUGCACAAUUUAUGGCUGACUAAAUACUUUUUUUCCUCACUGUAAAUAAAUAAAAUGAAUGAAUGAGUUCCCUUAACAAGCGUGCGCGCACACAAACACUCACACACAUCUCGUAACCCCCUUUUCUCUCUUCUCCAGCGCUGUCCCUCCAUACCUCCUCCAGUGGAAGCCCCCCUGUGAAGAAGGUGCAGAAGAACUUUAAAAACAACUAUGCUUCUGUGGAGUGUGGAGCUAAGAUACUGUCAGCUAACACCGAGGCCAAGGUAACACACUCACACACACAACACAUGAAGUAUUAUGUUCAUAGGAUAGUAACAGUCAGUCCAUGGACUCAUAUUUGCCAUGCCAUUCUCUCUCUCCUCCUCUCAUCCCUCGUUUCCAGAGUACCUCAGCUAUCCUCAUGGAGAAUAUGGACCUGUACAUGCUGAACCCCUGCAGCAACAAGAUUUGGUGAGACACACACACCUACUUUCUAAUUUUGUGAACAGUUGUCUGCUCUCUCUCUCUCUCUUCCCCCCCUCCACUCUCCUGUCUGCUCUCUGUGAAGCUGCAGGGUGACAACACUUUGUCCCCCAAAAGCAUACACAAGUCCCCUUGUCAGCUCAGCACGUCUGACCCCAACUGCCAACCAUCUUCCCAGGCAAAUGUGAAGGGGAGAGGAUGAUAUUUGACAGAGCUGAAAGUUCUCUCACGUUAUCAUGUCUCUUCUAACUCUCUCUCCCCCUCUCCCCCAUCCCUCUCUCUUCCUCUCUCCCCGUCUCCCUCACCCCUCUCCCCACCCCUCUCUCUUCCUCUCUCCCCCACCCCUCUCUCUCCCUGUCUCCCCCACCCCUCUCUCUUUCUCUCUUCCUCUCUCCCCCACCCCUCUCUCUUCCUCUCUCCCCCACCCCUCUCUCGCUCCCUCUCUAGGUUUGUAAUAGAGCUGUGUGAGCCCAUCCAGGUGAAACAGUUGGACAUCGCUAACUUUGAACUCUUCUCCUCCACGCCGAAAGACUUCCUGGUCUCCAUCAGCGACAGGUACGAACACCCUCUCCUGGGUUAAAUGUGGAAGACACAUUUCGGUUGAAUGCAUUCAGUUCUUCAACUGACUAGAUAUCUCCUUUCCUUUCCUGUUUUCCUCAGGACACACAUACACCACUCUGACCACCCCCUCUCUCUCUCUCUCUCUCUCUCAGGUAUCCCACCAACAAGUGGGUGAAGUUGGGAACGUUCCACGCCCGUGAUGAGCGCACCGUCCAGAGCUUCCCAUUGGACGAACAGCUCUAUGCCAAAUACGUCAAGGUACACACCGACAUUUACACACACUCACACACAUGUUAUGUUCUUCUAUCCUGGUGGGGACCUAACAUUUAUUUCCAUUCAAAAUCCUAUUUUCCCUAAACCUAAAUCUAUUCCUUACCAUAACCCUAACCUUAACACGUAACACUAAACCUAACCACUAACCCUUUACCCUAACCCUAAUUGUAACCCUAACCCGAAUCCCUAAGCUUAAAAUAGCCUUUGUCCUCAUGGGGAUGUGGGAAAUGUCCCCACAAGGGAGAUUUUUCCUUGUUUUACUAUCCUUGUGGGCUUUGGGGGAUUUUAGGUCCCCACAAGGAUAGAAGAACCAACCAAAACACACACACACAAACUGCAGACACACACACACAAACUGCAGACACAUACACACACACACUGCAGACACACACACACACUGCAGACACACACACACACACUGCAGACACACACCAUUUGUCUUCUAUGUUCUAUGCCCAGGGGGAUUCCUCAUGACUUCAUGGUCAGUUUCCUAUGUCAUCAACAUGAGACUGACUGACUCCCUACUCAUACCUCACACAAUAUGCUUCUGUGCGUGUGUGACUGUGUGUGAGGAUGUAUAUUCUGAGGAUGUAUUUCAGCUUCCUUUUCUACUUCUGUGUGUAAUAAAUACAGUACAAAUACUAUGGGGAAGUAUGUACUAUAUUAUAGUCGUUCAACUCUACUCCUCCUCACUAUAUUAUCUUAUCUAACGCUUUAAGUGUUAUUGUAUUUUCAUAGUUUUUUGGUAUAGUUUAAAAUAACAAUAUUUUUCAUGCAGGUGCAUUUGAUGUGAUGUUGGGUAAAUUGUAUGCGUUUUGAAUAUGCCACUGUUUUGUGAUUUCACAAAGUACUGUGUGACUAGGUCUUAGGGUUAUCAGCUGUCUUAGUUUCAAUAAGAACUGAAGCUGUUAUCAACCUGAUAUGUCUUGUUGUUCUGAUAUCUGUCUGUCUGUCUGUCUGUCUGUCUGUCUAGGUUGUCUGUCUGUCUACCUCUUCUCUACUCCUCUAAAGUUACUGCAAUGAAUAAUUAUUAGGGGUGUAACGAUCCAUCUACUACAUCGAUGUAUCGAUUUAUAUUCCUAUGAUCCAACUACAUCGAUCUGUGCUCGGCGAGUUGGCCUUUUGGACAACAUAUAUCAAUCUAACAUCGUUUUAAAAUGUAAUAAAUCGAUUGUAUCGAUACUAGGAAAUAACCCAUUGGAUUUAAGCACGUCAGACUUUAUAUGGAUGUUUUUUCUUAGCACUUUUAAUGAUAAAGGCUUUAAACAUUACUCGAUUCAGUCUGCCUAUCCGUGACGUCAUCGCCCCGCGCCAGCAGCAGCGCAAAGGCGCAAAGACAACAAAACAUAGCAUGGCGGACGACAGAGGAGAAGCCGACGAGCGAGAAAUUAUCAAGCCACCAUUGCGGUCCUUACAAGAAACAGGAAUCUAGGAAACUUCACCUGCACUGUCCAGUAUCCAGGUAUUUAUUUCAGUCACACUGGUUGAAUUUUUGGCUAAAAAGUCACUGAAUCGUUUCGGAUCGUAUCGUUCUAAAUGAACCAAUAUCGUCCUUGAAUCGUAUCGACAACCACGAAUCGUGAUACAAAUCGAAUCGUUGUUAAAACGAAUCGUUACACCCCUAAUAAUUAUAAUACCUUAUUCCCUUGUAAUGCUAUGUGUACCUUGUAUUCCUUUGUAUACCUUACCUUGCCUUUCAUUGCCUUUGCCUUGUAGUCUUUUGUAGAGCAAGCGUUUUAGUCUGUGAAUACUGUGUGUUGUGUUGUCGGGGGGGGAAUGCAAAAGAAAAGGACCAGAUGCUUGACUUGCUUGUGGCAUGAAUCAGCCUUUUUACUGAUUUCUCUCCUUUUUUCUCUCUUCUCUUCCUCUUGCAUCAGAUGUUCAUCAAGUACAUAAAGGUUAGCUUUCUUCUCUUUUAGAGGUUGUAAUACGCUAUGAUGCGUUAUAGUGUACCAUAAAAAUGGGGAGCUUUGGUGGCAGUGUACAGAUACUGUAAUGCAUGACCAAGACACAUUUAGAACUUACAAUAGAGCUUGGCAAAUUCCACAUCACCUUUUAGAUUUGAUUGUUGGAUGACUAGAAUGAUUUAGCUUAGACGUAUUGGAUGACAAAAAAUAUUUUCACUGAACAAAAAUAUAAACGCAACAUGUAAAGUGUUGGUGCUAUGUUUCAUGAGCUGAAAUAAAAGAUCCCAUAAAUGUUCCAUACUCACAAAAAGCUUAUUUCUCUCAAAUGUUGUGCACAAAUUAGUUUACAUCCCUGUUAGUGAGCAUUUCUCCUUUGCCAAGAUAAUCCAUCCACCUGACAGGUGUGGCAUAUCAAGAAGCUGGUUAAACAGCAUGAUCAUUACACAGGUGCACCUUGUGCUGGGGACAAUAAAAGGCCACUCUAAAAUGUGCAGUUUUGUCACACAACACAAUGCCACAGAUGUCUCAAGUUUUGAGGGAGCGUUCAAUUGGCAUGCUGACUGCGGGAAUGUCCAUCAGAGCUGUUGCCAGAGAAUUGAAUGUUAAUUUCUCUACCAUAAGCUGCCUCCAACGUUGUUUUAGAGAAUUUGGCAGUACAUCCAACCGGCCUCGCAACCGCAGACCACGUGAAUGGCGUCAUGUGGGCGAGCGGUUUGCUGACGUCAACGUUGUGAACAGAGUGCCCCAUGGUGGUGGUGGGUUUAUGGUAUGGGCAGGCACAAGCUACGGACAACGAACACAAUUGCAUUUUAUCGAUGGCAAUUUGAAUGCACAGAAAUACCGUGACGAGACCCAUUGUGAUGCCCAUUUUUUUGUAAGGUAUCUUUGACCAACAGGUGCAUAUCUGUGUUCCCAGUCAUGUGAAAUCCAUAGAUUAGGGCCUAAUUUAAUUUAUUUCAAUUGUAUGAUUUCCUCUUAUGAACUGUAACUCAGUAAAAUCUUUACAAUUGUUGAAUGUUGCAUUUUAUAUUUUUGUUCAGUAUAACUUAGACGUAUUGGAUGACUAGAAUGAUUUAGCUUAGACCUAUUGGAUGACUAGAAUGAUUUAGCUUAGACCUAUUGGAUGACUAGAAUGUAAGUGGGGCUGGUUUGGGUGGUUUAAUUAACCAGGUGUGAGUGUGUUAGAUGUGGUUUAACCCUUCGUCACCCCUCGACUGCAGGUGGAGCUCAUCUCCCACUUUGGAUCAGAGCACUUCUGUCCCCUCAGCCUCAUCAGGUAAGAGAUUAUAUAUAUAUAUAUAGAGGGAGGAAAUGAGACAGGGAUAAUCUGUCAUUUCAUUUUUAACAGCCAGACUUCAAUAGAAGACAAUGAACAGUAAUGUUUUCCUCAGGGUGGGUUGUUUAUCAACAAGGCUAUAUAACACAGGAGGUUGGGGCUCCUUAAUUGGGGAGAACGGGCUCGUAGUAAUAGCUGGAGCAGAAAAGGUGGAAUGGUAUAAAAUACUGCACACAUGGUUUCCAUGUGUUUGAUGCCAUUCCAUUGCGCCGAUCCGGCCAUUAUUAUGAGCCGUUCUCCCCUUAGCAUCCUCCUGUGCUAUAUAACGAACACAGUAGGGAAAAUGGGACUUCCUCUAACUCAGACAACACCAAAGAGCUGCUCUCACCCCUCACUAUACAUUAUUAUCUUACUAGUGACUGUGGGUUUACUUGGACUUUAGUUAGGCCCACUAUCAUCAUUGAUUGAGGUGUGUAUUUGUUUAACCAGUAAACUGCCUUCAAUAAUGUUAGCCCCUAGUGCGUAGUGAAAUCAGUGUUAUUCCAGAGAACACAUAUCAUGCGGAGAUGUACUGAAAGCUGAGCAGCUUUCCAGUAAUGGUCUCUGUGCUCUAUAGGAUUUCCAGGAAAUAUGUGUUGUUUUGUCUCUCUGCCAUGUUGGCUCUCUGCCUCUUUCUCACUCUCUCUUUCUCCACCUCUCUCUGUGUGUGUGCGCCUCUCUCUCUUUCCCCCCUCUCUGUCUUGGCAGCAUGCUCUUAUUCAUGUCUGUCUGUAGGUUAAGGGGCCCAGUGUAGCGGGUUAUUUGGCUGUAUUACAGCAAGUCUUCCAUACGCUGCUCUAUAUGGAGACAUUCCUUCCCUGAAGCUGUAUAGGGGAGCUGGAGCUCAGCCAGAACCCAACAGAGACCCUCCUCAGAGGACCCUCUCUCUACCAUUUAGACUGAGCUCUCACUGCACAGCCUCCCUCUUACAGAGCAUAUGGGGUAUUCAGGUCGCUGCAAACAAUGGCAGAGGAGAAAGCAGGAUCUUAAAGUCCCUGCAGUUGCAGUACAACACUUUAACAUACAGUACAACCAGUUCAACUCAGUACAGUAGCCUUGUUGUCCUCUGCUGAGUUGGAUGUACUAAGUUACUCCUUACCCUCCUAUCACCCACACUCCCUGCCAUUCCCUCCAGGGGUUGAGGCCAGGAUAGUGGACAGGAGGUAGCAGGGAGGUCAAGGGACAGGUAAGAGGUAGCCCCGUGUAGCUCAGUUGGUAGAGCAUGGCGCUUGCAACGCCAGGGUUGUGGGUUCGAUUCCCACGGGGGGCCAGUAUGAAAAAAAAAAAGAGGGAAAAAAAUGUAUGCACUCACUACUGUAAGUCGCUCUGGAUAAGAGCGUCUGCUAAAUGACUAAAAUGUAAAUGUAAAUCAUCAACAACAAAGCUAGGUGAGUUUAACAGGCGGGGGCUGUAAAAAACACUAUUACUACAGAUUUACCACCACCUCCUCCCACUCACUACCUCCCCCCAUCCAACCUUGAGGAGUGGAGACCAGGGCAGAGAGAAGAGAUUAGGAGGAGGGGGCAGAGGGAGGGUUGUAAGGUUAUGGGAGAGUUGGUUGUGGUAAAAUAAGAACGCCAAAUAAAGUAUUGAGUAAUAUGUACUGAUUUGCCUCUUACCCUCCUCCUACCUUCCCCCUGCCUCAUGCCCUCGAGGAGUGGAGACCAGGACAGGAGCUGUAAAACAUAAUAAAAAAUGGUUUUCUUUUAACUAGACCAACGUUCAAAUCCACGUAACUGCUGCUACUCUGUAGAAAAACUAAAUAACUAAAUGUUAAGGUGUACAUUAUCUCAGUCGAUAAGGUUAGAGGGGUGAGUUGUAUAGAUUUCAUGUACAAAAACAACACUAUAGGGAACAGUAUGUCAUCUCAGCAACAUGUCAAUCCACAUGUCAGCUUUCUGGCAAAGUCCAUGUUAGUCUAAGCAUAAUUAUUCUCUUUUCAGCUGUAUAUGAUACAUUUAACCAGAUGUAAGCUGUGUGUGUGUGUGUGUUAUAUAACCAUGUGUAUGUUUAUAGGGUGUUUGGUACCAGUAUGGUGGAGGAAUAUGAAGAGAUCGCAGAUUCCCAGUACCCCUCAGAGAGGCUAGAAUACCUUGAUGAGGACUAUGGUAAGAAGGUACACUGUGUGUGUGAUACUUGGUCAUGUUGUUAUUAUAAAAGAGAAUGUUGUUCUCAAUAACUUGAAAUAAUGUGGUUCUUUCAUCUACAGACUACCCACCUGGCUACCUCCACUCUGAGGACAAGGGUUCUAAAAAUCUGCUGGGCUCUGCCACAAGUAUGUAUACAAACACACACACACACCACAUUGUUCUGAGCAUAGUUUCACAUGGCACCGGACAGCAUAAACAUGGGUAACUUGAUAUCUAACUGGCUCAGCAUCAGUUCUCUACUGUAUCUAAUCACAUCAGAGAAUUGAUCUCCAGAACUGGGUUUAAAACAGGCUCUGUAUUUCUUGGAAAACGGAGAGACAAGAAGCUGCUUUCCUGGAAAACAAAGUCCUGAAUGUUUCUUCAGUUUCUGUAUUCCCACAUGACGGCACACACACAUUCACACACACAGAGAGAGCUGUGGCUGGGAUACGGGUUAGCGACUGGGUUAGCGACUGGGUUAGCGACUGACGUGUAUAUAACUCUGCUACUCACACUGGAGCCCCUGUGUCUCCCUGCCUACAAGGGGGAGGAGCUGGCAGGGCACUGAGGCUCCAAUCUGAUUGGCUAAGAGCCCCCCCCCCCCCCCACCCCCUCACACACACACACAUUGUCAUACACACAACUGGUUCAGCUUUGAGAAAAUAGACUGACACAUUUCUACACAACCAGCUACUUUACUACCAGUGAAUAAGGUUAUUCAUGAUUCUGUGUGUGUGUUCUACCUACAGGUGCCAUUCUCAACAUGGUCAACAACAUAGCAGCCAACGUUCUGGGAGGCAAGCCUGAGGAAGGAGGAGCACAGAUGGAACGUAUGGAUCCUCCUCUUUCCUCUCUUCCCUCCUCCCCUUCUCUCUCUUCUCUCAUUUCCUUCACCACCUCCUAUUCAUUGCUAAGAAUGUGUGUUGUGUUUGAGGAAAUGCUAUGUGUUAGAUAGUGUAAAUAACUUGCUGCGGUAACCGCCUCUUGGAGCGAGAGGCAUGAGGUUUGCAUAUGUAUGGAGGAAGGUUUAUCUAGUGCUAACUAAAGCACUGAGCUGUCCAGGGGAAUGCGCCAGUGUGUACAUUAGAGGUAUUCUGUACACAAUAAAGGUCUUAAUUAAACCAGCAUGGUUUUAUGAGGCUCAGCACUUACUAGCCUGCCCCUCUCUUUCCCUCACAGAAGAGAAGCUCUGGAAUUCAACAAUGUUUAAGAAGAACCGAUCUAGCCUUCGCCCUCUCACUCUUUCUCCUUCUUUUAGACAACAAGCCCUGUUAUCCUACCCUGCUUUGUUCUCGUUUAGUAACCACACACACACAGCCAGUGGAAACUUUCAAACAGAACCAACUGGCUUGUCCACACAGAACAACAAAUGAGUUUCAUACUGAUCUAGUCUGAGCGACGCAGCCAAAUGUGUCGGCAACACUGGUCAAAAGCCAACAAGUUCUUAUGUAACAUCUGACGUGUACUUCCAUAUGGGUUGCUUGAGUUCAGCUCUCACACACACACACACACACACACACACUAGGCUGUGACCAAUAUAAACAUUUUCUUAACGUUUAAAUUGCCAUUGUUUUUAUUGUUUAAACAAUAAGAAAAAAUCUGAAAACUACGUAAAUUCAUGAUUCAGAUAUGCGUAUAACCGCUAGGGGGCAAUGCAGUUCAAUCUACCACAGUCUUGACUACCUACCCAGAUGGCGCUCACCUUACUGCUGUCCCCCACCCACUCGGCAACGAUAGUAGUUAAUGCCAUUUAAGGUUCUCUGCUGUGUGCCUUUCCUCCAUGAUCUCAAUUGUCAGUACCGUACAUCAAUGUGAUUGCUCAUUGCAGUAAUGUGUGACAGCGUGUUCAUAGACAUCCAACACUAUGUUGUUAACGCCACGUAUCGUGUUUGCGCUUUGUACUUGCAGAGCAAUCGUACAAUUUCAUCAUCCGGGCCGUCAUGAUCUUGUAGUUUUGUUCUAGAUAUGCCGUUAGGGUAUUAAAGACGACAUCCUCUACCAUUUGACAAUGGCUGCAUAUCAACUGCAAUCAUUUCUGUAAUCAGCGCUGUGAUUUUCUCACCCUGUCCCUUAUCGCGCUGCUGCCAGCAACGGGUUGGGUCCCUUUCAGCAUUGCACCUGUACUGCCACUGUAGCUCUAUUACCCCUCACAAAGUUUGCAUUUCACCACCUCAUUUAAAGGUAGAAUCCUUAAUUAAAACAAUAACAAAGUGGUUACCUCACUCUCAAAUUCAUAAAGAGAGCUAUGGAUGCAAGGACUUGACCAUUCAUAGUAUACACUUUUUGUAGCUAUAUUUUAAUAUUUUUUACGGGGUAGAUCAGCUUUAAUAUUGCAGAUAGAUUGUAACUUCCAUCAAUGUAAUUGUCUGCAUCACUUCCAAUCGCCCAUAUGUUUUUUUUCUUCUCGCAAAUAAAUAUAUAUAUAUAUUUUAUUUAUUUAUUUAUUUAUAUAUAUAUUUCAUUUUAUUACUUUCCAACCCCACCACCCCUUCCCUAAUUGGAGUAAACUAGUGAACAACAAUGCUUAGGCCUCUACUACCAGCUUAUACAUACUAUAUAAAUUUUAUGGACACAGUCAAUUUUACAAUAAUUAUAUUUUGUUUGUUUUUACUCCGGAACUUCCUCUACCCUCAACCUCUCUGAUCAUUUUCAUGAUGUCCAUCCGGUUUGCUUCUUAUUGCCAUAUCUUUCUAACUGUGCUCUUUCACAAAAGCUCUCAACCUAUAACCUAUAUGCUUUACAUUAUGAGUUAUCUUGUUGUAUAGAGGGUUUGUUUACAUUUACAUUGUUUACAAUCAUUGGAGUAAAACAAGCUUAUAUUUUGGGUUCUGAUGGGGUAUGACAGUUGAACUAAGCUCAUGAGGCAUUUAUAAGUUAUUGUCUUCAAGAAUCAAUGGGUAUGUGUCAUUAAUUUAAAAGUCCAAAAAUGGAUGUUGCAACUAAGGAUUCCAGCUUUAACUUCUUAAAGUAUUGCCAUACAGACUUUGCUGCUGUCGUUUCCCUGUCUCAUGCUCUGCCAUUUUUUAUCCGUGGCAAAUAAUUUAAAAUAUGCAUAUCUCCUCCUUUACAGCAUUGUUGCGUUAGGUCUUUGUUUAAUUUUAACUUUUCCGUUUAUGAUGAUGAUCGGGACCUGUUAGUGGUAGUUUUGUGAUAACUGCAAGGUGAUUUUAGGGAUUCUUUUCUACAUUUUUUUUUUUACAUUUUUAGUCAUUUUAGCAGACGCUCUUAUCCAGAGCGACUUACAGUUAGUGAUUACAUAUUUUUUAUUUUUUUUAUACUGGCCCCCCGUGGGAAUCGAACCCACAACCCUGGCGUUGCAAACGCCAUGCUCUAUCAACUGAGCUACAUCCCUGCCGGCCAUUCCCUCCCCUACUCUAGACGACGCUGGGCCAAUUGUGCGCCGCCCAUGAGUCUCCCGGUCGCGGCCGGCUGCGACAGAGCCUGGAUACGAACCAGGAUCUCUAGUGGCACAGUUAGCACUGCGAUGCAGUGCCUUAGACCACUGCGCCACUCAGGAGUUCACUAAACGUUUUUAAACGUUAACUCCCUUUCUAAACGUUAACGAUCCCAAUUUCGUUUAAACGUCACACCCAAACACACACACACUUCCAUAUGGGUUGCUUGAGUUCAGAUCAUGCGCAAACACAAACACACACACUGGACUAUUAACAGAACAUUCCAAAUGUCAUCAGACCUCGGGGCAGACACAAACAGUAGAUCCAGUUUUGGUUACACUUCCUUCCCAGCCAGUCUUGCUAGUCUCUUCCUCCUUUCUCUUGCCCAACCGGUUUUCCUAUUAUGCCAUCUCCUUCUAUCCUUCCUUCCCUUCCUGCUGGACAGUUCAGUCUGAGCCCAACUUCACCCAUCUUGUUUAGAUUAGACGGUUCCGAAACUGGGUCAUAUAGUUCCGGUUUGGUGUGUGUGUCUGCAAGUGAAUGCUUCUUUACGUAUAUGCCUGCCUGCCUGCCUGAGGCUCCAGAUGUUGAUUGGACUGCUGGCAGGAUGUUUUCAGAGGAACAAUGGAUCUCAGUGUUUUAUAAAGCAGCAGCAGCUGGGGAGCUGGCUCUAUUAGGACUGGGGGGUCCAUGACGUAGUUGCAACAACCUCUGGUCCCAAUCUUAUCCUCAGAUACUGCUGGAGUCUGAACACUACUCUACACUCUGAUUUACCCCCUGGUCCCAAUGGCAAACACACUCACACAUCCUCACAAACCUUUACACACCCUUCACUAUGGGCUACAUUGAGGCAGCUGAGGUGACUUAUUAUGGGCUGUUUGUUAAACCCUUUUUCAACCCACAGGGUAGCUAAGGUUUGACUGUUUGUUUCUGUUUUUGCCAACUCUCUUGUGGUCGUUACUCCAAACAUAGAUGUUGGCGGUCUGUCUCUGUUUCCCAUUUUAACCCACUGAACUGGGCAACAACAGAGUUGGCUAGAAGGCUAGUGAUAGUUUGUUACCCUAUGAAGGGAAGUUAAUGUAGUAGUUGACAUAGGGAUAUAUGUUCUAUGUAAUUAUGUGGUAGUUGAUGACUGUAUCUAAAGCCUGCUGUGUGUGUGUGUGUAUCUCUUCCAGCCAAUGCAUCAUCAGAAGCCCAGAAUGAAACCGAGGGGAAUAAGGAGGUGCUGCUCACCCCAACCCCUACCACCACCACCCCUCCUCCAGCGUGAGUCACUCAUUCACUCACUCUCACUCACUCACCUUGCAGUAAGAGUUUCUGACUUCCCUCUCUCCUUCUCUCUCUCUCAGUGUGGAGCCAGACCACCCCGCUCCCCAGGAGGACCCUGAGCUCGCCCUCUCCUCCCUGGACUCCCCCCUAUCUCCCCCCUCCCCGGAGGAUGGACAGAUCGUGACUCUGGUGGUGGAGGAGGAGGAGCCUCCACAGUCCACUGUCACUCUGAUGGAGGAAGAGGGGGAUGAUAAUGAGGAGGAGAAGAGAGAGGAACAGUGGAUGAGGGAGAGCCAGCUGUACUGUCCUCUCUCCUCUGUCUCUUCCCUCUCUUCUAUCUCCUGUGUGGCCACGCUGCCAGAGCUGCUACGGCGCUGGUGUAAUGCUCGCCUCGCCAGAGAGAGACGGCGCAGUCUCAUCAAGAGGAAGCAAGACAAAUACACACACACCCCCAUAGACACUCCCUUACACACACACACCCCCAUAGACACUCCCUUACAUACACACACACCCAUACAGGACCCUGUCCCCGCCCCCACACACACCCAGGAAGCCCUAACACACACAGAGCCGGUCCCUGAUCCUGAGACUGCCCCCCAGGCCCAAAACGAGGGGCUACCACCUACAGACUCACACGAUCACACAGACACACACCCUGUGGACCCCAUCAUUGUGCUGGAGCCUAGCCGGACCUCUACCCUGCCCCCCCACAGCUUCUCUCACACCUCCCUCUCCAAACCCACCCCUACCCAGGACGAAGCUCCCCAGUCCCCCAGCCAAAACGACCCUGUCCCCCCUCCAGCCCUGCAGGGAGCCCCUGUCCCAGAGACCCAGCAGGCCAGCACCCCCACCCCUACCCCCAGCCCCACUACCCCCCCUCCACCCCCCAACCUCUGAGACAGCCUCCAUGGACCUCCCUCCACACUCCCUGAAGGAACAGCCAGUCCAGCUCCUCCCCACUGCCUCCAGACCUGCAGACAUCCCCCCUCCCACCGAACUCCCUGUGCCCCUCCAGCCCGACACACACACAGAGCCACACACACCCAGGGCUGGGACAGAAGGUGGAGACCUCCAGGGCCAGGGGGAGCAGGGCGACUCCUCUCCCCAGCCAGCAGAACACCUACGUGGGGAAGAGUCCGUGGAGGACCUGCUACUUAGCGUCCCGGUGACUGCUAACGGACAUUUACACCGGACAGCUACGGACUUCUACGCUGAGCUGCAGAGCGCGGGGGAGUACGUUGGAGGGAAUGGGAAUGGAGGGAUGAACGGAGGAGUGAACGUGCACGGCUCCAGUCAGAAAGAGAGUGUGUUCAUGAGGUUGAACAACAGGAUCAAAGCCCUGGAGAUGAACAUGUCCCUCAGCAGUAGAUACCUGGAGGAACUCAGCCAGAGGUAAGCUGUGUGUGUGUGAGAGCUGUGUGUGUGUGUGAGAGCUGUGUGUGUGUGUGUGAGCUGUGUGUGUGUGUGAGCUGUGUGUGUGUGUGUGAGCUGUGUGUUUGUGUGAGCUGUGUGUGUGUCUUUUUUAACCUAAUAGCUGUACCUACUAGCUUGCUCCAUAUUACUCGUCCUGUUCGGGCUCUGAAUAGCUUGUUGUGUGUUCUAGGUACCGUAAGCAGAUGGAGGAGAUGCAGAGAGCCUUCAACAAGACCAUCAUCAAGCUACAGAACACCUCCCGCAUUGCUGAAGAACAGGUCCGUUACAAACGGUUGCUUCUUGGUUUGGGUUGCAGGGCGGUUAUUGUGGAUGGUUGUUGCGAUUGUGUCAUGAUUGUGUAGCUAGUUCAGUGAUGGUUGAGAUAUGGUUUAGUGUAGGUCAGUGUAGCCCAACUCCGGUCCUCCAGUAACCUCAACAGCACACAUUUCUGUUGUAGGUCCAGACAAAAACACCUGAAUUAACUUGCCAAGGGCUUGAUGAUUAGUUGACAAGUAGAGUCAGGUGUGCUUGUUCGGGGCUACAACAAAAAUAUGUACUGUUGGGGGUACUGGAGGACCGGAGUUGGGAGACACUGGUGUAGGUUGUAUGGUUGGGUGGUCUGAUUGUUGUGGGAUAGGUUGGUUGUCUAAUGGUUGUAUUAACGUUGCAUCUUGGUUGUGUGAUCCCUCAGGACCAGAGGCAGACCGAGUCAAUCCAGAUGUUACAGGGCCAACUGGAGAACGUCACCAAGCUGAUGAUCAACCUCACCAUGACUGUCUCACAGUUACAGAAAGAGGUACACACACACACAGUCAUACUACCUACAUUUAUUAAAAUCAGAUUGAAUGUUGGCCUAUUUUAAUCAUCUUGCAAAAUGUAAUAAUCAGAUCUGAUACGUUUCUGUGUUUCCUCUGAAUGUUUGUAUCUGUGUGUUUUCUAGGUGUCUGACAGACAGAGUUACCUGGUGGUGUCUCUGGUCCUGUGUCUCUGUCUGGGCCUGGUGUUCUGCCUGCAGUGCUGCCGGAGCGCCAACACACACACCGCAGUCAACCACUACCCCAGCCCCAAGAGGUAAAUGCACAAACACACAUUUUUUGUCUGAUCUCCCCAUAUUAUUUAUAAGAGUAUUGUUGGUGCUUUCUAGGUCUGAUAUAGUGUUUCCCUUAGCCCAGUUAAUGUUUCCUUUUAUACAAUGGGUGGGUCCAAUCCUGGAUACUGAUUGGUUAAAACUGCGUUCCAACUGGUGUCUAUUCCACAAGUUGCCACCGGCUAUGAUGUUGAAAUGCCUAUUUACCGUUCCAUCUCAAUGCACAAUCCACAAUUUCAUCAGCCCAACCAGGCAAUUUAUAAACUUGAUCUCCACUGUUAAAAAGCAGCUAGACAUGAUCUCCCCUUUCUUUUAGACUAGCAUUUGGUUUUCAACAGCCGAGAUUUGUAUAAAUCUUGCUGUCUUGUUUCAAUACUGAAAUUCAAUCUCCACUGUCCUAUUGAGGAUUGUGUCAGGACAAGACGGAGAUCUUUUCUCAUUAAGUCGAAAUCAUGAAUCGGCAUAAUUUUUAUGGAUAUAUCCAAAUAAAUGUCAAUAGAAAAACAGGUCAAAACGAAAUUAAAGUGAUUGUGUUAGCUGUGUUGUUGGCUAGCUCCUUUGAACAGUGUCCUGAUGAGAGAGCACAUUUUCUAUGCCAGGCAAAAUCGCACAUCAUUAGCUCAUUGUUAUGGAUGUAUCCAAAUAAAUGUCACUAGAAAACCGCUUAAACAAACACAUGCAGCUACUUUGCUGUUAUUCUGCUGUAAAUUAGCCGUAGUUGGCUAGCUAGCAAGCAAGGGAUAAGAACGUUGCCAGGCAGCAUGGCAACAGAAUAUUUCAAACAAAUGACUGGGUCGUUCCAUAGAUUUAGAACUGUACUAUCAUAUCAUGUGUGUUUUAGGUGUUUCUCCUCCUAUGAUGAUAUGAGUCUGAAGCGGAGGAUAUCGUGUCCUCUCGUACGCUCCAAGUCCUUCACGUUUCCUACUUCAGAAGGUGAGCGUGUGUACACACACACUGAGUCACUCACAUGGCCUCUCUCUUACACACACACGCACACACCUUUUCCUCUACCCUUCCUCUCUUCUACAUCGCUGCUCUGUCCAUCCUGUUGCUGCUCAGGAGCUAAGACUAAAAGACUAGACACCACAGUCUUCAGAAAGCCUUCCAUGCCAGCCCCAUCAUACACAACAUUACUGGGCCUGCUACUGUCUCAGAGCAACAGCUGUGCAUGACUAGGUGCUCUGCCCACUGCCCAUGCAUGGUCUCUCUGCACUGCCGGGCUGGCUGGCUGUACCAUGCUGGUGAGCUGCUGUAAGGGUACUGGAUGGUAGGGUACUGGAGGCACAGACACCCCAGUGGGAUGGCCUGGGCACACCCUGCUCUGAAGGAAUAAAGACCUUCAUUCAGACAGCCAUGGAACAUAAUACUCCCACUUUUCCUCUCUCUUCAUCUCCCUCUCUCUCUCUUUCUCACGUGUGUGUGUGUGUGUGUGUGUGUGUGUGUGUGUGUGUGUGUGUUGCCGUUGGGCCAGAGCGCCUGUCAUUGCCAGCUGUGUGUCCAUACAGAUGCUGAACUGAAUGAGAGUAUACAUAGAACACAAUGCUUUGGCCUGGCUGCUUCUGGUAGACCACUGCAAGUAGUAGCAACAAUUAGAGAAAACUAACUUGUAGGCCCAAUGUAGGCUACCUACUAGCUAUAACCUCUUCAGUGUAGCUAUAACCUUUAUUCUGGGCUAUAGUAUAUCAGGGGUGUGUAAUACUACUUUAAUAGUAAUCAGUAGUACUACUUGCAAGGUGGUGUCAUGCUGCUUGUUUCAUGUGUGUUCCUGUAUGCCAUCCCAUCAUUAACAUGGCCCUGUUCUCUCCCUGUUCAGUAGGCCCCGACGACCUUUACAUUGUUGAACCUUUAAGGUUCUCACCAGAGAAAAAGGUACAGUGUCCCCUGCUCUCCUCUCCGUCUGCUACUGCUGUUGUACGGUGGCCCCAGCAGCCAUCUUGUUCGCUUAUGGUCUCAGUGGAGUAGGGUGAACUUGCCCCUAGACCAGGGUUUCCCAAACUCGGUCCUCGGGACCCCAAUGGGUGCACGUUUUGUUUUUUGCCCUAGCACUACACAGCUGAUUCAAAUAAUCAUCAAGCUUUGAAUCAGCUGUGUAGUGUUAGGGCACAAACCAAAACGGUCCCGAGGACCGAGUUUGGGAAACGCUGCCCUAGACUCUGAUCUAAGGUUAGUUUAGCGUUCUCCCAUCCUAAUGGUUAAGGAUAGUCUGGGGAGAGUUAAGCUGAUCCUAGAGUUACAGGCAAUUUCCAUUGAAUUAGUAGGGUUAACCAUUUCUCUGCUGACACUAGGGCUCGACUGUUACGGAGCGAUGUAGGAGCAGGCACAGGGCAGGAUUGGGCAGUGGUUUAAAAGUUGUAACCCACCAAUAGCUGACAUCCUGUUUUUAUCCACAAUCCAGACAUAAGCUGUGAUCCAGGAGGGACCGACAGCUACCCUCCAUUUGGUAAUCAUUGGGUCAGGGUUUAAUCUGCAUAACAUGGCUUUGCUCCAGUUAUAUAGAGAUACUAAGGUUUGGUCAGCUACCUAUCCUUUUUAAUGCCAUUCUCCCCACUGUCCCUGCCUUCCCCUGCCUUGUGCUGUCCUGCGUGUACAACCUCGCACAGUACUGGAUCAAAAUAUUUAGACACAAUCAAAAUCUAUCUUUGAGAGCUUGGUGUCUGUCUAGUUUGGUUGUAACCGUGCAGUGUGUCUGGUAUAGAGGUGGUUAACAUGACUUGACAUAUUUAAACAUCUCUGAGCUUUGCCCUGUACUCUUUAUUUAUCAGUCUCUCCAUCCCUCCCUCUCUCUCUCUCUCUCUCCAGAAGAAACGAUGUAAACUGAAGGCAGCAUUAUCAGCUCCCUCUUCCCCGGUGGCUAACGGGGCACUCGAAUGCAAUGGCCUCCCCCACUCCGUGACUCCUCCUCCUCCCCCUCCAACUUUAGAAGACAUCUCCUGUAAGGAGCUCCGCUUCCCCUCAGAGAGCAGCAGCUGUAGCUCCUCCACACACUCUGAGGAGUCCUACAUCAGGCGAGGCCCCCCCCUCUCCUCCCCCCCGAGCAUGUGUAACGGCCAUGCUGCCCUCCCCAUCCCGCUCUGCCUCCCCUCCCUCCCUCCCUCUAAGAAGAGAUCAGCGAAGCGUCAGCGGUCUCGUCAAUUGGAGCUGCAGUUAUCCUCCAGACAGACAGGGGGGGCUGUGAACUCUCUGCCCAGCCUGCAGCAGCUGAUCAAGGGAAACAAGGAGAUCAGCGUGGGGACAAUAGGCGCCACGGCCGUCACAGGACAUGUCUGA